AUGGCUUCUCCACUUCCCAACUCUGUCUCUAAGGGAUCCUUAGCCUACGACGAACUUCGCCGUCGGUUUUUCAACGGGCGGGUUCCUGAUGUCCACCCCGCUGAGAUCGUCAGCCCAACAACCACAGGGGAAGUUGUGGCAGCCGUCAAAUAUGCACGUCAACGAGGGUUGAAGAUUGGCGUUCGGUCCGGCGGGCAUCUGUUCUUUUGCAAUUCGCUCCUUGAACGCGGCCUCCUGAUCGACACGAGCAGCCUGAACCAAAACAUUCAGUAUGAUGCCGCCACUGAGAUCGCUGCAGUGAGCCCCGGUCAUAGGGUUGAGGCUGUCAUCAAUUAUCUCCGGCGAAUCAACAGAUUUUUCCCAGCAGGUCACUCCCGAACCGUUGCCCUGGGCGGCUUCCUCCUUGCCGGUGGCCAAGGGUGGUUCAUGCGUGGAUGGGGCUACACAGCCGACCGCUGGGUUGCCCAGCUCGAGAUCGUCACUUCCGACGGGGAAAUAGUGAUUGCCAACAAGACUCAGAAUGCCGAUCUGUUCUGGGCGGCACCCGGCAGCGGCCAGGGCUUUUUUGGGGUGAUUACGCGGAUCUGGAUCAAGACCAUUCCUGCCCGAAAGCUCUACGACAUGACGAUAAUCGUUGACUCCACCGAGAUAUUCAGGCCAUUACUGAAAUAUGUGAUUGAGACCUCCAAGAAGGUCCCAAAAUACGGUGUGGAUUUGUUCUUUGCGACCUUCUACGCAGAUAAGGACGAUCCCAAUGGGGGCCACGAAUCCAAAGCAAAGCGUGUGUUCUUUCUCAUCAACGAAAUUAUGUUUGCGGAUUCGAUUGAAGAAGCUGGGGUUCUCGCAAGCCCAUGGGACACCCUUCCUGACGAGUUUAAGAAACACACCGUUGCUACCAUUCCUUUAGCAGAGAGGACGUGGGAAGAACUUUGGGCUGCGCAAGAGAGCCUCCAGCCGCAGGGAAACGGUGAGAGGUGGAAUGUUGACAGCAUUUUGGUCGACCCAAACGCUUCUGAUGAUGAUGUCAUUGACGCUAUUACUCCGGCGCUCUUCGAUUUACCUACUCGUCUUUCAUCUGGAACAUUUUGCCCAAUCGACUACUAUCCGGACGAAAGGAACCAGGCUCUCAGCUUGCCUCAGAAGGCUUACGUCUCGACGAUGCUAUGCUGGAAGGAUGCAAAGCAUGACGGAGUGGUGGACAAGUGGCUUCUGGACGCCUACACCAAAGCUGAUAAAGUCUCUUCUGGUCUUUAUGUUGCGGACUUCAAUGUUAAGCAUAGAAAACCAAAGGUUAUGACGGACUCUGCACUGAAGAAGUGGCUGUUGAUCAGAGAGAAAUGGGAUCCCUCCGAAAUGUUUAUCGGUCACCGAGGUUUUGCAAGCACUUUAGACAUGCCCAAUGCGCAUCAGAAAAUCUCGGUUAGUCACAGGAGUAAAUUGUCUUAGAAUUCUCUGUCGGUGUAUUUACCAUGUUCCUCUUAUUCCUUUCAAGAUUCAUCAACUAUUAAAUUGUCUCACCUUAGUGCAAUAACGCGUGGC